GAGUGACUUGACGUUUGUGUAAGAGAAGUGAUAUGUUCAAAGAAAAAUCGUAAACUGAUCAUCGGAACGUUCACGCUGGAAAUGAACACUAUGUGGGGCCUAUGAUAGUGAGAAAACCUAGAAACAAACAGUUUGGCCUUUCUGUGAAUGCUGUUAUUGGGUGCUGGAUGAGUUAGCUCCGUUUGUAAACAGAUGGAACUGCCUGAACUGCUGUCAAUGAUUGGAAGCUACGGUGAAUGACUGUAUUGGGUGAACUACAAAAGAGAUAACAGAGAAGAUGGCAUCAGUAAAACACAAAAGUUCUGUUCAUGGUGCUACUGUCAUCAAACAAGAGCCAGUUGAGGCUGACCCACUUGCAUCCCCAAAGCAAGAGAUGGAGUACAUAUCUGUUAAGGAAGAAACUCCAGAGUGGGAGGUGCCGGAUGGCCACAAUAGUAUGCAGGAUCCACUAAGCAUUGUUAAAGAGUUCCAGGAAUGUUCAUCUUCAGAAAAUUUUCUCGGCCCUAGCACUCACAGUAUUGAGGAGGAGGAGGAGGACGACGACGAGAAAGACGAGGAUGCAGUGUGUGAGGAUGACUUUGAGGAGCUGAAACAUGAAGUAGAGUCAAGUGGCAGUGAACCAGAAAGUACUAUUCCUGUUGCUGUGGACGACGACAAGACUAACAGUGAUGGCAGAAGUUUGAUUGCCUGCACUCAACCGGCUUCAGGAACAGACAACAGGAUACAGUGUACCACCAGGCAGGAAGUAUUCAAUCGGAAUAAAAUUGGUACAAGACAUUUGGGGCACAGAUGUGGCAUCUGCAAAACAAGAUUUGCACAAUUGCAGGAACUGAAGAAGCACACACACUCGAACCGAUGUGAACUUCAGCAUUCGUGCAGCGUGUGUGACAAGAUAUUCACAAACAGUACUGAUUUGAAGGAGCACUUCAGAGAGCACACUGGUGAACGCCAAUACAGCUGUGGCGUUUGCAACAAGACAUUUGCACAACGUUGUACCCUGAAGCAGCAUUUGCGGUUGCACACUGGCGAACGCCCAUACAACUGUGAGUUUUGCAGCAAGACAUUCAUACGAAAUACAAGUCUGAAGCAGCAUUUGCGGGUGCACACUGGCGAACGGCCCUACAACUGUGCCGUUUGCAACAAGACAUUCACACAAAGUUAUACACUGACGCAGCAUUUACGGUUGCACACUGGCGAGCGCCCCUACAGCUGUAGGGUCUGCAAAAAGACAUUCACACGAAGUAGUACACUAAAGGAGCAUUCGCUGCUGCACACACUGGCGAACAUCCCUACAGAUGUGGCGUCAUUCAUCUCCAAAAAUAGUCUGAAGAAGCAUUCGCGGCUACACACUGGUCGUACAUCUGAGGUGUUUGCAACAAGACAUUUGGACAAAGUGGGGAAUUGAAGCAGCCCAUCUGCACUUCACCAGUACCCCUCGCAAUUUUCUGUUCCCUCUUCUAGCGGUGUGCUGCAGUACUUUGGCACAGGGUUUUCAGUACACGAUAGAAUUGCGGAUUUGUAUAUGCAACGACUCAAGACAAUAAUUACCUAAAAAAUCGCAGUAGCAUUUAUUGGGUGCAAGAUGUCAUUAUCAUUGCAAUUAAUUUGUUACUGAAAUUGUGCAUGAUAUUAAGAAAUAAGAGUGAUGGUGGCAUUUUUUAGAAAUCGUGCUUUUUAUUUUAGGUGAUAAGGUAUUGAGUAUUAAAAAAAGUUACGAAUCUGUGUUACUGCACAUUUUAUUGAAAAAGAUUUCAUUGCUUAUCAGUAAGAUUUGUUCCCCUUUAAUUUCCACAGUGAUAAACUACUGGUAUAUAUUUGUUUUGAUUGUUCUGUAAUAUUAAACAUUACAUGCAUUUUAUACCCAGGCUAAUAGCUUAGUAAAAUAUUAACAAAAGAGUCACUAUGUGUAUGCGCUUACUCGUGUGUGUGUGUG